GAGCAGUGCAGCGGAUGGAGAGUCUGGCCGUGGCCGGCGGCGCCGCCUCCUUGUCGGGCCGGGCACGGCGGGCCGGGGCCUUUGUGUGAGGUGGCUGCGGCGAUGGUACUCAGGCCCAGCGGAGUCGGUUCACAGAUUAACCGUGCUGGUAAGGAGGCAACUUCGUAGGAGCUGCUAAGAUGGGCAUGAGGAUCAAACUGCAAAGUACCAACCACCCCAACAACCUGCUGAAGGAACUCAACAAGUGCCGGCUCUCAGAGACCAUGUGCGACGUCACCAUUGUGGUGGGGAGUCGCUCCUUCCCGGCCCACAAAGCUGUGCUGGCCUGUGCAGCUGGCUACUUCCAAAACCUCUUCCUAAAUACUGGGCUCGAUGCUGCCAGGACCUAUGUGGUGGACUUUAUCACCCCUGCCAACUUUGAGAAGAUUCUGAGCUUUGUCUACACGUCAGAGCUUUUCACGGACCUGAUCAAUGUUGGGGUUAUCUACGAGGUAGCCGAGCGUCUGGGUAUGGAGGACCUCCUCCGGGCCUGUCAUUCCACCUUUCCUGACCUGGAGAGCACGGCCGUGGCCAACCCCCUGACCAGCACCAGUGAGAGCCACUCUGGCACUCUGAGUUGUAGCUCAGCAGAACCUGCCCAUCCCCUUGGAGAACUCCGGGGCAGUGGGGAGCACUUUGGUCCUGAAAGAAACUAUGUCUUACCUAGCGAUGCUGGAGGAAACUAUAAAGAGGAAGAGAGAAAUGUUACCAGUGACACUAACCAUGGCCUGCCUCUGCCACAGCAGCCGCUGCCAUCAAAGACGGAAGACCGUGGUAACCCUGCUCCUUUCACGUCUGUACCUAAUGUGGUGACCCAGCCAGUCCUAGGCACUGUCAGCAUGGGCAUCCAAACCAGCACGAGCUCCUGCCAGCCAUACAAACUUCAGAGCAAUGGAGACUUCAGUAAAAACAGCUUCUUCUCCCCUGACAAUGCAGUAGACAUUACCACUGGGACCAACUCCUGUCUGAGCAACAGCGACCACUCCAAAGAUCCAGCCUUUGAGCAGAUAGAUGAGCUCCAGCUGGAGGACCUGGGGGAUGAUGACUUGCAAUUUGAAGACCCCACUGAGGACAUAGGGACAGCGGAGGAGGUGAUUGAAUUGAGUGACGACAGUGAGGAUGAGCUGACCUUUGGAGAGAAUGACAACCGAGAGAAUAAGGCCAUGCCCUGCCAGGUAUGCAAGAAAGUUCUAGAGCCCAACAUUCAACUGAUUCGACAGCAUGCUCGAGACCACGUGGACCUGCUGACAGGCAACUGUAAGGUAUGUGAGACCCACUUCCAGGACCGAAACUCCCGGGUGACCCAUGUUCUGUCUCACAUUGGUAUUUUCCUCUUCUCCUGUGACAUGUGUGAAACUAAAUUCUUUACCCAGUGGCAGCUGACCCUCCACCGACGGGAUGGAAUAUUUGAGAACAACAUCAUUGUCCACCCCAAUGAUCCCCUGCCUGGGAAGCUGAGUUUGUUUUCAGGGGCUGCCUCUGCAGAAUUGAAGUGUGCUGCCUGUGGGAAGGCAUUGGCCAAAGAUUUCCACGUGGUCCGGGGCCACAUCCUCGACCACCUAAACGUGAAAGGCCAGGCCUGCAGUGUCUGUGACCAGCGCCACCUCAACCUCUGCAGCCUCAUGUGGCACAUGCUCUCCCAUCUCGGCAUUUCAGUCUUCUCCUGCUCCGUCUGUGCAAACAGCUUUGUGGACUGGCAUCUCCUAGAGAAGCACAUGGCCGUGCACCAGAGCCUGGAAGACACCCUCUUCCGUUGCCACUUGUGUAGCCAGAGCUUCAAGUCAGAGGCUGCGUAUCGCUACCACGUCAGCCAGCACAAAUGCAACAGUGGCCUUGAUCCUCGGCCUGGCUUUGGGAUACAACAGUCAGCUCUCCAGAAGCGGAAGCUGCCAGCGGAGGAGCUCCUGAGCGAGGAGCUGGCCCUACAGGGCCAACCUGGGAACAGCAAAUACAGCUGCAAAGUCUGUGGCAAGAGGUUUGCCCACACAAGCGAGUUUAACUACCACAGGCGGAUCCACACAGGCGAGAAGCCGUACCAGUGUAAGGUGUGCCACAAGUUCUUCCGCGGCCGCUCAACUAUCAAGUGCCACCUGAAGACACAUUCAGGGGCCCUCAUGUAUCGCUGCACAGUCUGUGGCCACUACAGCUCUACCCUUAACCUCAUGAGCAAGCACGUCGGCGUGCACAAAGGCAGCCUUCCGCCUGACUUCACCAUUGAGCAGACCUUCAUGUACAUUAUCCAUUCCAAAGAGGCGGAAAAGAACCCGGACAGCUGACUGGGUCGCAGCAGAGCCAAGGAGAGCUCCCAGGUGGCAGCCAGGACAUUAAUUUUCUAAUGGCUGUUGCUCCCACCCCAACUGAAGUUACAACUUUGCCUUGGUAGGAAUUCUGUCCUGUCUGGUGUUUAAAGAAGAAAAAAGAAGAAAUAGCACAUGUUUUUGAGAAGCAAUGGCCCUAUCAUGUUUACCUCCUUUCCCAUUCUUGCCCACGAAGGGCUGUGUUUUCGGUUCUUUUGAGGCCGGUCUUGGGAUCUCAUCAGGCGGUUGGUAUCAGCUAGAUUCCCUCCUCCAGCCUCUCGAGCCAGUAUGCUGCUAGGAAUCCAACCAACAGCCUCACCGAAUAGAGGAGGUGGAGAGAGGUUUUCGCUGUGGGUGUGACUGCUAGAUCUCCCACUGAGACAACCGACUGUGAGAGAGAUUUUGGCAAUGUGUCCAUUCAGAAAAGACUAGUCAGCAAGGCAGCCCACUCCAGGUUCUGGUCCCAAGCUUCAGCAGGGAAAAGGCAUCAGGGAUAGAGGUGCCUGCUUGUUCCACGGCUCUAGUCUAUCUGCUGGUUGGACAGUAAAGUCUUGUGGAAGCUAGAUCCAAACUGGGGACUAGGCUUUCUAUUUAGACCAGAAAGCUUUGGGAAGAUUCCUUGCCAGCCAGAAGAGGUCCUUCAGUGCCACCAGAAGCAGCAGCCUGGAUGGACAGGAAGGGAGGUUUCUCUUCUCAAUUCCAAAGAAACAUGAUUUUAUGGAGUGAUGGCCCAGGACGUCAGGCCUUCCCUGUGGGGCAAAGAGGACAGGGAGCCAUUUGACAUAGUCAAUCAUCUGUUAUCUCACCUGUCAACCUUGAGUUUCCUGGUGGAGAGGUGGGGAUGUCUCUAACAGCAGCAGCCUUGCCUUAAUUUACGCCCUGUCUCCCACCUACAUGUGUGUUUGACCUGUAGCGUAGAUGAGAAGACCCCGUGAGGUGGAGUGAUGGACUGGGAGCCCUUCAGGAUUAAAGGGACCGAGUGACUGGUGGUGUGUGGUGGGAUGCGUCUCUGGCCCAGUUGGGUAACCUGUUGUUUACUUUGUGCAGCUGGGCAGGAGCUUUGGCAGCUGACUUUUGACCUGCUGGAAUUUAUCCUGAUCUGUCUUUGCAUUGCCACCAGGGGGCUCUAUUUGUUGGCCCCUAGUUCAGGCCCUCCCUAGGUGUCUGGGAAACGCGUCUGCCCAGCCCAAGCUGUUUUGUUCUUAGUUGACUUUUGAGGGGGUCUUGCCCAAAGAAGGCUUGAGUGAGAGGGUCCUUUGUCUCGCGUACUCACUGGCUCACCUCAGUACCUCAUACUACCUCACCGCUCAGGCGCGCUCUGGGAGGCCCCGGCCUGGGCCCUGAUGCUGCCCCUCGUGGGACUCAGCAGCACCCCGGGCUGUUUCACAAGCAAGUGGUUUUAAUGAACUCACAAAGCCUUUUUUGACGUUAAUAUUUAUUUAUUUUUAUUUUUGUAUGCAUAUUACCCAGCAUCUCUUUUGGAUAACAGACUUCAGGAAAACGAGUUUCUCUCCAGCAAGGAGCCAUGUUUCCAGGGGACAGUCCCGGCCAGAAAUUUGGGAAAUAGGCCAGAACUGGGAGAGAACGUGUCACGCCUUUAAGUAAGCACAUUCUCUUCUUUCUCUCCAGAUAGGUUCUCCCAGAAUAAGCCCAGAGAACCUUUCAGGCAAUGGAUGUAUGCCCUAGGAAUAGGAAGCUGGGGCUUGUGAAAUUCCUAGGCCUUUCAUCCUCCUUCCACCCUGUGAUGGGGAGAUUGGGGCCUAGGCUGAGCGGAUCACAUGAAGGACCUUUUUGCACAUUUUCUCAUUGCUCCUAAACUCGGAAAGCUGCAUUAAGAUAUACAGGCAAACCAAAGCUCUGUCUUUGGUGGACCCGCUGCCUCUCUCCCCAGCCCUAAGCUUAUAAAGCCUCUGAGUUGAGUGUGUGGCUCUCUGGUGGGGUGGCCGUUACAUAAAGGGACUUGUACGAGUGACACCUUCACCAUCUAAACCCAGCUUGUUAAAUCUUCCUCGGACAUACUUGUCAGGAAAGCAGUGCUGAGACUUUUCAUCCCUGGCUGGCUUCUCUCUUUCCCACACUGACCAUUAGAAAUUUAAGAAGGAAAAUAUGUAAAAGAUGAGGGUUGAGUGUCUGCUAAGCUUUUCAAGCCUGAGUGAUCCCUCCCAGGCUGUUGGUAAGGACUCAUUUUUUUUUUAAGUAUUUUAAAAAAAGAUUUUAUUUAUUCAUUUUUAGACAGAGGGGAAGAGAAGGAGAAAGAGGAGAGAAACAUCACUGUUACCUGUUGAGUGCUCUGUAUUGGGGACCUGGCCCACAACCCAGGCAUGUGUCCUGACUGGGAAUUGAACUAGUGACCCUUUGGUUUGCAGCCCACUGUCAAUCCACUGAGCUGUACCAGUCAGGGUAGGACUGAUUUUUUUAAUGACCAGAUUUGAGAGAGGUGGUACUGGAACCUAGCCAGGGUUAAGAUGCUGGAGAAACCCUUUCCCUUAACAGAGGGCAUCCUGGAUGCUGGGUAGUCUGUAUAUUUAACCUGAAACUGUGAAGUAUUCCCUUUUUGCCAGUAAACCAAAAAGCAAAUCCUUGAAACUUUGCCCUGAAACUAAACAAAGAAACUGCUCCCCCUGAUCCUCCUGAGGCCAAGAGGCUGAUCGGGUGGUCCGGCUGGUCGCAGUCAGACUUGGAGCAGGGUCAGCAGCUCGCAAGGCUCAUUGACCAGACCCUGCUCCUCUGUGUCCCCUGCGGUUCACACCCGAACUUCCCUCUCUUUGGGAUCUCUGUUUGCUGCCUCUGCCUCUGGCUCACCCUGUUCUGAACUGUUUUACUUGAAACCCUAUGUUGUGGCAAAGGGCACUCUAAGAUACCUAGUGGAAGGUAUUGAUUUUAUUUUGAGUUUUUUCUUUGGUAAACGUCUGUUCAUUUGAUGUUGCUGCGCCCUCUGCCCCAGAACCCAGUUUAGCGCUGUUUCCUGCUGUCCUGUUCCAAGAUGCAGUUUGACCCUUGAAUGUCUUUUCUUCUCCCUUUUCCUCCUUUCUCUUGUUCUGUACCCCGGCUGGCUAUAUAAUUGGCAGAGCCCUUUGUUUAAAAAUUACUAAGCAUUUCAAGAUGGCAAUUGUAGGACAUUAAACCAAGCGUGAGGCUAUUCUCAACCUGUUUCCUAGGGGAAGAGGGUGGCCCUCGAGUGGCACAUGGGGACAGAGAGCAGAGUUGCUGGGGCCCAGAGGAGGGGGUCCUGUCCUGGCUCCUCUGUGUCCCCCGCUGGCUCCUGCUGCCACCGCACCCACCCGGAAGCCCUGCUGUACCCUCAUAUUUGGUUCUGAAUUUUAAGACUCCAUGGAGUCUGUAGUUCAAGGUCAGUUGGGAAGAAAGGAGGUGGGGAUGGGGCUGUGGCCCAGAUGACCCCUAAGAACCAGAAAAUGGGUAACAGUUUGUUUUCACUUCUCUGCUGACCUGUCAUCACCCUGUUGUCUCCAGGACAAGCCUUUGGGCUUAAAUACCUCCUCCCCAGUCGGGUUUUGCUACUGAUGAUUUUUCUUCCUCUUCUGGCCUCCUGCUGUGCCCUAUAUUCCCAGGCCACACAACUGUGGAAGUGAAUUCCAGUCCCUUUAUAGACGCACACUGAUUUUACUGGCAUGGGGGUGGGCCAUGUGGAGAAGUCUGUGCCCGUCUGGGAGUCGCUACACGGCCUUUUUCCUAAACCCUGCGCUGACCGUGUCAGGAAGAGGGGCAACAGUGUUCAUUUCAGUGUGGUUGCUCGUUGUAAACCUGACAUUAGGAUGGAAAUGAGGCUGUUUGGGUUUCAGUGUUUCUUUGACACCCCUUCCCUCUCCAGUCCACCCGCCCCUCCGACGCCACUAGCUGAAGUCUCUCACGAAAUGGAGAAGAGCUGUCGCUGUCUGACUCCUUCCAUUAAAUUAAUAAGUACUGACCUCCUAAUAUUUAAGUGUUUACUAUCUAUUGCUGUAAAGUUUUGUAUAUUUUGUAAACUUUUUUUCCCAAAUAGUAGAUGUCUAAAAUCGUUGUACAUCUGAUUCUUUUAUAUUCCAUUGUUCGGCACAAAGUGUGGUUUUUAUUUAGAAUAAAAAAAGGAAAUUGGAAA